UUUGAAAACAGUUUCAUUAUUAUUUAUAUUACUAUUUCGUCUUGUAUCAUUUCAAUUUGGCGGAUUCCUCAUCGAAAGAUUUUUUUCGCAUUUUUAAAACGCUGAUUUUGCCCUAGAUUUAUCUCGCUUUUCCGCAAAGUUUCUUCUGGGAUUUUUUGCCUCUUUGCUCUUAUGAUCUUUUGAACUUACGCUCAAACAAACUCUAUUUUAAGAAUCUGAUUUUGCUCUUUAACGAUGUUCUUUGGAGGUUUCCCGUUUGACGGAAUGCCGGGAGGCAGUAUGCCUCAUAGCAGGUCAAAAGAGCCUGUCGACACUGAGAAACUUUACAAACUUCUCGAUUUGUCCAAGGAUUGCUCCGAAAGUGAAAUCAAAAAGGCAUACAGGAAACUUGCCAUUAAACAUCACCCAGAUAAAGGUGGAGAUCCUGAAAAAUUCAAAGAAAUCUCCAAAGCAUAUGAGAUAUUGUCUGAUCCAGACAAGCGUCGCAUAUACGACGAACACGGCGAGGAAGGCCUUGACGGAAGCUACACUGCCACCGACGCUUCUGACAUAUUUGAUUUGUUUUUUGGUGGUUCUCGUAAACCAAAGGGUAAAAAACGCGGUGAAGAUAUCGUUUCUCACCUCAAAGUGUCAUUAGAACAGAUAUAUAAUGGUACAAUGAGAAAAUUGGCGAUAAACAAGGACAUAAUUUGCAAUGUUUGUGACGGUCACGGAGGACCAAAGGACUCAUUUCUGACUUGCAGUUCCUGUAACGGACAGGGAAUUAGGGUUCAGAUUCGUCAGAUGGGUUCUAUGAUUCACCAAACCCAGACCACGUGUUCCAGCUGUAACGGCCAAGGGAAAACACUCCCAGAGUCUAAACGUUGCAAAAACUGUAGCGGUAAAGGUGUAAAACAGACGAAGAAGAUCCUCGAGGUUUUCGUAGAAAAAGGUGUCCCUGACCAGCACAAGAUCACAUUUCACGGCGAGGCUGAUGAAAGACCCAAUGAGAUCCCGGGCUCCGUCAUCUUCGUCAUUAAUCAGAACCCCCAUGACACCUUCAAACGUAAUGGAAACGACCUCUUCAUGACCAAAGCAAUCCCACUUUACCAAGCCCUCACUGGAUGCACCUUCUAUCUCACUCAUCUAGAUGAUCGUAUACUCAAAAUCAACACUCCACCUGGUGAAGUAGUGAAGCCUGGAUCGUGUAAAGUAAUAACUGGCGAGGGUAUGCCGAUAUAUAAGAGUGCCUAUGGGAAGGGGAACCUUUACGUUACAUUUGACGUGAUAUUCCCAGUUGGGCGAACCUUCACGCCAGGUGAGAAGGAGAAGCUUCUAGAGCUGUUCCCCUUCACGCCCGAGACUCCAGCAAAGCCUGACACUCAAGUCGACGAGUACACCGCACAGCACUUUGACCUUGACGACUACAAGUACACUGAUAACUCAAGAGAAUAUGAAGAGGACGAAGCCGGACCUACCGAUCGGGUUCAAUGCAGACAACAGUAAUCUCACAUUUUCAGCGUUAAUCGCAUUAGUCUCAUACUAACACA